GGUGUGCGAAGGAUAGGACGAAUUUUCGCAUCAGUCACCAGCAGCAGAAGCAGCAGCAUCGGUAGUGUGCGUCCGUACAACAAACGCUGUGCUGUCCAUUAAAUUAGCUUCCAUUAAGCUGUAGAGUGGGAAAAAAGAGGCAAAACAGAAUCUUCGAUUCAAGUGCCCAAUAGUUGGAAUUGAUCUAGUGAACGUCUGGAAUUGCCAUCCUAGUAGGAUUCCCUCUCCAGGCCUCCUUAGUAGGCUGAACAGCAGCAUCCAAGUGAACCAGCCCAGCUCAAGUGAGCUGCUGCACACAAAGACGGCUGCUGCUGCUACUACUUUGAUUGUUUUGCCAUUUCUGCACUGUCUUUGGUGACGUGCACGGUAUUGUUCUACCAUCUGACCAUCGAAAAAAGUGUCCUUUGGCUUCGCACGCAACAAGCAACGCACGGAUUGACGCACACACGAAGCCCUGGUACGGUGAUAAACGCGCAUCGCUGCUCUAGAGGCCACCUUGCUGUACUUGCGUGCAUGUGGGCAGUACUUCGUGAUACGGCAGUCGGUUUGCUUGCCGAAAUACACUCACUACAGAAUGAGGCCAAAAUGUCAAUUAUAAUAGCGAUUGUCUUCAUGGGGUUGCUUGAGCUGGGCCGAUCGCAAUACCUAACAAACACUGUACAUAAGACAUCAGCUGCGACGGAGAAGAUUAAUGAUCUGUGGUGCUACUCGUGCAAUGCUACCGACGAUGGCGAAACGUGCAUCGAGCUGUCCUCUGGCAACAAUAUGACCUACGCUAAAAAGUGUAGCCCCGACGAGUACAUCUGCAUGGUCAAACAGUUCUCCUACACGACCAGCACGGAAAACUCGACCUCCACACCGAAACUGUGGUCACUGGAGCGGCGCUGCAUCAACACGUGCGAAGCCGGUUGCAUAAUCAUCGGCGAACGGACGAAACUGUACGCGUGUACCAGCUGCUGCGAGAAGUCAUUCUGCAACACGGGCCGUGCUCGAUCGGUGAGCCUGAUCGCAGACUUCCGGACACGCACGGCAGCCCUGAUGGCGUUCUCGUUGCUAGUGAUGUUUAGCGUAGGGAAACCGAUUCUAGCACCGGGACCGAUGCUCUAGCUGUAAGCCGAAUAUUCCAAUUUCUAAACCAACUGGUCCAACUAGCUCUCCCCCUUCGGUCAUCGUAUCAGAUAUCUCCUUGCCCACUCUCUCCCCGAAAUCAGAGGCAAGCAAGUAAGGGACCCGCAGACCGGGCCUCCAAUCCCCUUUCCUUUUUUUUUUGGGGGGGUCGAGAAAUGUACGAGAAGAGUUCAAUUCUAAACGAGCAAAAGACGCGAAGGUGAAGACGAAAUCGGAACGUAUCUCCUCUGCACGCACUAUCCUCAAGCUAAAUUUAGGUAAAUCGCAAUCGAUCGACCCAUGAUGGUGGACGUUCUCACGAUCAUCCAGCACAACAACCACAUUAUUCGUGUUCCAAAACGCGCGUUUCCCAUUAUUCCGCGAUAGCCCCCAAAGUAGGCGUCACGUCGUUACGAUUUAGAUAGAAUUUGAAAGACAAAAAACAAAUGAAUCGAGGACCCAUUGUUCCCGGUGAAAUUCGAAGUAGCGUGUAAGGAAAAAAAUAAAACACAAAAUAGGGUUCGAAAGUCAUUUAAAAAGAAACUUUGGAAAAUUUCAUUCUAACAUCCCCAACAACACACGUACGAUUCCUUCGCGUACACCCAAAAAACACAACCCCGGCUCUAGCCAACAAAAGAAACUAGGACAUAGGAUUGAAUUAGUCGGCACGAAACCGUUGGAAACGUGAAUUGAAGGCGCAGGUUUAUAGGAUUUGUUCGUUUUUUUGGUCUUACAAAUAGCGAAAUGUUGUAGCGUGAAUCGAUGAAUAUUACAUAUUCUAAAAUUAUCAAAGUUUUAAUACAACCACGCAGCAGUGCAGAGAGAGAGAGAGAGAGAGAGCAGAAGCAGAGAAAACUGCAAAACCUGUUCUGACACUAGGCCAAACACACACCCCUCAUUCCUUCACCGAUCUAAGCAACCAAGGACCCAUAGACACUCUUUGUCGCGUACCAGCACGAUCACGUACGGGAUGCGUGAUCAACUUCUGCAUCAAUACUGUGCCAACGUACGUCCCCAAUGAGUGGGCGACAUUUUAAUGAGCGAAAUUAAUUUGCCAAGCAACCGUAGCAUCUCCCUUGAACCAAGAACGAAGAACCAACACAGUCGUGCCGGUUGGUUCGAAGUUGUAUGUGCCACCACAGUCCAUCUUGACGGACGAGCCAAAUGAAUAGAACUAGAACGUAGCACGCUAGAGCAUAACCGCACUAGCGAAACCGGAAGGGAGCCACAUGUACAACGCCAGAAGGUGAAAAUGAAAGAGAAGACUUGGAUCUAGCAACCGGAGGAACAGCAGCAGCAGCAUGGUUCGCUUGUUCGAUAAAAGCCAGAAGUGAGCACGUCAGGGGCGCUGAAGGAAUUUUCCGUUCGUUUUCGGUACGUUUUUUCGGAUACUUAUGUCUAAUGUAAGCAUAUUUUUCCAAUA